GAACCCGCAGCGGCAAGCCGCCAAGUGGGCACUGGAUAGUGCCAUCGCUGGCGGCAAAAACGGAAGUGGUGGAGUCGACUGUAAGUGUAACUCUGUAAGCACUCAGCAUUCAGCAAAGACCUCUAAAACCCUUUCUUCUGCGAAACAAUGGCGUCAGUGACUCACCACUCCCUACUCUUCACUAACCUUUCUUCUCAACCACUCAUUUCCUGUGUUCCUUCUUCUCCAAUAUUCCGUCUUCCUUCUACCCAAUCCUGCGCUCACCCUUCUCUCACCUCCACCUGCUCUCUCCCUUCCUUCGUCACCAAUCUCCGCUUCCGCAAUUCCCGCCUCUCUGCCCUACCCGACGACGCUUCUGUCGGAUCUCGUGGCCCUGGAGGCUCCGAUUCCGGCGGAGGUAGUGGCGGCGGCGACGGCAGCCACGCUGGUGGAGGAGAUAAUUCGUCAUUCUUGUCAUGGUAUUUGGCUGUUCUUGGAAAAAACCCUGUUGCAGUAAAAGCUAUAACAUCUGCAAUUUUGACACUAAUUGGAGAUUUGAUAUGCCAGCUUGUAAUAGACCAAGUGCGGUAUUUGGACUUGAAGAGGACGUUUAUUUUCACUCUGCUUGGUUUUGUCUUAGUAGGUCCAACAUUGCAUUUCUGGUACUUGUAUCUAAGUAAAUUGGUUACACUACCUGGAGCAUUGGGUGCACUUUUGCGUCUUGUAAUUGAUCAGUUCUUAUUUUCCCCCAUAUUCAUUGCGGUUUUCUUAGCUACAUUGGUCACACUUGAGGGAGGGCCAUCACAAGCUAUCCCCAAACUUAAACAGGAGUGGUUUUCUUCUGUUGUGGCAAACUGGCAAUUAUGGAUACCUUUUCAAUUUCUCAACUUCAGAUUUGUUCCGCAGCAAUUCCAGGUCCUUGCUGCUAAUGUUAUUGCUUUGGUAUGGAAUGUUAUUCUCUCAUUUAAGGCGCACAAAGUUGUUCAAAAAUAGAUUGUGGUAAUAUAAUUUUUUUUUGUCAUAAAUUACACACACACGCAAACAUUACACGAGAAAAAUAAAGGCAAACAGGAACCAAGGGACAAUUGAACAAGUCUACAUAUGAAAACUUGGUUGAAGUAGAAUGUCAGAAAGCACAAGAAGCAAAGCAGGGUUGGGCUCUCAUGUUUAUUUCAUAUGUACAAUUGUUGAAUAAAACAAUCAGACCAAAAAAAACUCAAGACUUUUUGUUUAUUUAUUAUAUUAAGAGUAUUGAGAUUCUUUUUUAAGGGUAACUGUUGAUAUUUUAGUUAUAGUCAUCACCUUUUUAAGUUUAAAAAUAGGCGAAAUCGAAGUAUUCUCAAUGAUGCACUUUUAUCAAUUAAGUAUUUAAGAACAAAAAGAAAAAAGGAAAUAAUA